AUGUCCGUCGAUGUUACGUAUACAAAGGCGUGGCGGGGUAGAAGAAAGGCAAUUGAGAGGAUAUAUGGAACUUGGGACAACAACUUUGCGGAGCUCCCGAAGUACGUGUUAUGGCUUCAGUCUCGAAACCCUGGUACGGUGGUUAACUGGUUUCAUCACCCACAUUCGGCUCCAGGACAUCCAACAUUCAAAUAUGUUUUUUGGGCCUUCGGUCCCUCUAUUAGUGCAUUCCGUCUAUGCCAGCCUGUAAUCUCCAUGGAUGGCACACACUUGAAAGGUCCGUACUGUGGAAAGUUGUUGGUUACGGUAACCAAAAACGCCAACAACUACAUAAUGCCAUUGGUGUACGCUCCGGUUGACGAAGAGACUGUCCAUAGUUGGUGUUGGUUUUUCCAAAAUUUGAAGGAACACGCCACCACAAACUGUACUAGUAAAAUAUGUGUUCUAUCAAACCGUCAUGCUGGAAUAAUUAAUGCCAUGGAGAACCUCGAAGAUUGGAAGGAACCGAAGGCGUACCAUCGUUAUUGUCUUCGACAUGUAAGAAGCAAUUUCAGUGGAAAGUAUAAGAGUAAAAGCCUUAGAAAGCUGUGUUGGAUGAUUGGGAGCACAAGUCAACCAUCGAAGUAUCGUUGGGCUGUGAGGGAAAUGCGGAUGCUAGAUCAGGCAACUUGGGACUAUCUGAACAACAUUGACAAACCUAAGUGGACUAUUGUUCAUGACCAUAUAAACAGGAGUUGGGGAAACCUAACGACGAACAUAUCCGAGUCUAUGAAUAAUGUCUUACGCGAAGCAAGACUGCUUCCUAUAAAAGCGUUAAUUCAUUAUACGUUUACCAAAGACGUAUCCGAGUAUGCCAGGCACUCGCACAUGGCCCAAACCUGCAACACCCCUCUACCCCCUCGCAUUUGGUCCAGGUUUAACAAACUGUAUUCGGUGGCAAUGCAACACGAAGUGUCCGUGUAUGAUGUCACAGAUGCUCGCUACUUAGUUGUUUCAAGGGACGAAGCGAACGAUCAUGGUGGUAAUGAGUACACUGUUGAAUACAUUCGUAGGUGGUGCUCAUGUGGGAAAUGGCAAAUGCUCAUAUUUCCUUGUUCUCACGCCAUUGCUGUUUGCUCAUGGAGGGGUGAGGAACCACACGAGGUUACGAAUUCAAAAUUCCACACUACUACCUAUCGGGAACAGCAUAGCGGGCAUUUUUACACGCUAGGCCCUAAGGAAGAGUGGGAAGAACCGCAGUGGAGAAUUUAA